GCGGGCAGCGCAGAGUGCGAGGCUCUUUUGUUCGGCUGAGGGGAGGGCCGUUGGCCGGGGCCUGCGGUACGCCGCUUCAGUGAGGGGCUCAACCGCGGUCAACCGGCUUGUUGCUUUUCUGGUCGCCACUCCCCUGGCCGGCCCGACAAGACGCGCUAGUAGCGCGGCACCGAUUUCUCUCGGGCUCGUGGGCGCUGCUCUGAGAGUUAAUAAGUAUUUCUCAAUGGCGAUGUCUACUGAAAAAUUGAAUAGCCUUUCCACGAUUAAUUGGAGAAGUUGUUUGAAUGAGGACAAAAUUCUGAUCCUCAGCGUCACCCUUUAUACCAGAAAGCUGGCGGGCACUAUGGGGAAAAAACAAAACAAGAAGAAAGUGGAGGAGGUGCUAGAAGAAGAAGAAGAAGAAUAUGUGGUGGAAAAAGUUCUUGACCGUCGAGUGGUAAAGGGCAAAGUGGAGUACCUCCUAAAGUGGAAGGGGUUCUCAGAUGAGGACAACACAUGGGAGCCAGAAGAAAACCUGGAUUGCCCCGACCUCAUUGCUGAGUUCCUGCAGUCACAGAAAACAGCACACGAGACAGAUAAAUCGGAGGGAGGCAAGCGCAAAGCUGAUUCUGAUUCGGAAGAUAAGGGGGAGGAGAGCAAACCAAAGAAGAAGAAAGAAGAGUCAGAAAAGCCACGAGGCUUUGCCCGGGGUUUGGAACCGGAGCGGAUUAUUGGAGCUACAGACUCCAGUGGAGAACUCAUGUUCCUGAUGAAAUGGAAAAACUCUGAUGAGGCUGACCUGGUCCCUGCCAAGGAAGCCAAUGUCAAGUGCCCACAGGUUGUCAUAUCCUUCUAUGAGGAAAGGCUGACGUGGCAUUCCUACCCCUCGGAGGAUGAUGACAAAAAAGAUGACAAGAAUUAACUCUCCUGAGUACCAGCCCCUGUCACAUCUGACUGUGGGUUUCAGGUGGGGAAAGAAGGAGAUCUACUUGUCUUGACACCGUAGAGGGGGCUUGAGAAGAUGUCCUUUGAAGAGCCAGUAUAGUUUCUGUGCCCUACAGCAGCCCAAGUGCUUUAAAGCCGCUCCAUGCUGUAUAGUUUGCACACCCAUCCCAGUGGAGGGGAAGGAGGGUCAGUGUUUCAAGGCAACCCAUUCUGAACUUUGCUGAGAAAAGCAAAGGGCCUUCUAUGAAGGACAAAACUUGCAGAAUGGGAUGUGGGAGAGCAAAAGAUACUGCAGAUCUUCAAAGAGCAUCUCCACAACCCACAGCCUUCUUCCCAAUAGUGUUAACUCUGCAUUUUUACAGCGUAGCAUGUAUGUAGUUUUUGGCUAUUUCUGGUGUGUUAUUUGGGGUGGG